AUAAACGGUAAGAGCGGCAUGAGCUCUAGUUUACUAGUAUGUUUUUUACGGGUUUGAGCUAACAUUUACAACAUUUGUCUCACACCAUUUAUGCAGGGGACUGUUUUAUACAGCGUGUAUCACAUAUUCGCCUAAUAGUCAGUUUUCUGCGUGUUUUAUUGUUGGUGAAAGAGCAGGGCUGAGUGUGUAACGUUACACAUGUGUGAGAGCAGCGCUCCUUUACUCGAGUUAACCACCCAUUACUGAGCUGAUUGACAGUCAGAUAAAGUCAGGAUGCAGAACGACGCUGGUGAAUUCGUGGACCUGUACGUCCCUCGCAAAUGUUCUGCUAGUAACAGAAUUAUUGGUGCCAAGGACCAUGCCUCCAUCCAGAUCAACAUCGCUGAGGUGGACAAGGCUACAGGACGGUUCAAUGGACAGUUCAAGACCUACGCCAUCUGCGGUGCUAUCCGGAGAAUGGGUGAAGCUGACGACUCCCUCCUGAGGCUCGCCAAGAACGACAGCAUUGUGGCGAAGAAUGCCUAAAAAGGAUUGGAACGUUUUCAUAAAUUAAAAAAAUAAUAAUGAAAAAGGACAA